AUGCCAGCGGUAACUACGAAACCCACUAAGAAUCAACUGAAGAGAGCUAAGCGCAAAGCGAAAAAGAAUGAGUUGAAAUCUAGCACGAAUUCUCCGGCUCCUCAAGCCGAUCCGGAUGUUGCUGAGACGAAGGACGAGCAAAAUGGGACUCCAUCAGAGGCUCCUCCUCCUCCGGAGCGUAAGAACGAUGCGAGCGACCCUGAGAAUCUCUAUGAUUCCGUCGACCCCUUAUUUGAAAUGUAUAGAGACGUGAUCGGCAAGUUCGAGAAACGCGAAAACGAAGAGUCCGCAUCCAAAGAAAUUGACAAACCCGAGGUCUACUUCGAUGACGAUGAUGAUAUUCCUGAUGAGGAAGAGGAAGCUUCCGGGCCUAAAAUAUCGAAAAAGAAGCGAAAGGAAAUGAACAAACUGUCUGUUGCAGAGCUGAAGGCGCUGGUUCGGAAACCGGAAACAGUUGAAUGGACCGAUACGUCAGCAUCAGAUCCGCGUCUACUUGUGCACAUCAAGGCCUAUCGAAAUGUCGUUCCUGUACCAACUCACUGGUCAUUAAAACGGGAAUAUUUGUCGUCAAAAAGAGGUGUUGAGAAACCACCCUUUGCCUUGCCAAAAUUCAUACAGGAAACUGGAAUCGCUGAAAUGCGAGAUGCAGCUUUGGAAAAGCAGGAUCAAGCAACUCUCAAGCAAAAACAGCGCGAACGUGUACAGCCUAAGAUGGGGAAAUUGGAUAUUGACUAUCAGAAGCUCUACGAGGCCUUUUUCAGAUUUCAAACCAAACCAGAGCUGACUCGCUAUGGAGAAGUCUACUACGAAGGCAAAGAGUAUGAGACUAACCUACGACACCUCCGACCCGGCGAACUGAGCGAUGAGCUGAAAGAAGCACUCAAUAUCCCCCCCGGAGCGCCCCCACCAUGGCUAAUAAACCAGCAACGAUUCGGGCCUCCCCCGUCAUACCCUGCCCUGAAAAUUCCGGGUCUAAAUGCUCCACCCCCGCCCGGCGCAAUGUGGGGAUACCACCCUGGCGGAUAUGGGAAGCCUCCCGUCGAUGAACACAACCGGCCGUUGUACGGGGGUGAUAUUUUCGGUGUGUUGCAAACGCAGCAAAAUGUACAACAAGGGGAGCCAGUGGAGAAAGAACUUUGGGGAGAACUACAACCUCCAGAGGACGAGUCCGAAGAAGAAGAAAGCGAAGAGGAAGAGGAUGAGGGGGAAGAUGAAGAAGGUGGAACUGGGUUGCAGACCCCAAGUGGGUUGGAGACUCCUAGCGGGAUGGUUUCCACAGUCCCUUCGGAAUUCGGAGGUGCAGAGAGUGUCGUGGGCGAAUUCGAUGUCCGAAAGCAUCGCGGGACAGAAACUGAGGAAUCAGCGCAUCCUAGGUCUGCAUACCAGGUCAUCCCCGAGCACCAGACGCAAGUUCGGGGCUUUUUCGGUGGCGAUCGGGCUUAUGAUCUUAAAGCUGCACAGAGUAAUAUUCCGGUGCUUGGUGCAGAAGAUCAAAGUCGGAAAAGAAAGAAGCCUGGAGAUGUGGAUGUAUCCGUUGACCCUGAUGCGUUGCAUGAUGGAAUAAAUAAGGACAACUUGAAAGACCUCUAUGAAGCCCAGCGAAAACAGGAAAACAAUCCUAAUUGGGGAUUCCAGGAGGACCUGAGUGAUAUGAUUGCCAGCGAGAGCCGGAAGCGAUUAAAGAAAGAUGAAGAGCGGCGGGCCAAGCGGUAA